GUUUUCAUCUCACUUACAUGUGGAGGCUCGGAGGCAGCCAGACCUGCUGUGACUUGGGGUUGCUAUGGCCGUGUCCUUAUUAUGGCUUCAUUGUCUACAUGUUAUACUGAUUUUCCUCCUACUACAUGUAGGUGAUUGCUUUCAGGUGGAACCAAAUCUCUGUGAUUCAAGUUGUGCUGGGCUUCCUACCCCUGACUUGUCCUUUCAGAGAGGGGUGAGGUAUACUUACAGGUAUAGCACGACAAUUACCACCACCCUUCAUGGCUCCAAUGCUGGCAGGAAUGGACUGGCUUUGGACUGUGUGGUUGAUAUUGAUGUGGUCUCCAAGUGUCACCUAAUGAUGCAGAUUAGGAAUCCGCAGAUAAAACGGCUUUCCCCUCAGAAGGAACACUCUGUGCAGCGCUUAAAAAGCCUGAGGGAGUCACUAGAGAGAACGCGCCUCAAGUUCUCCCUCCAGGGGGGAAAGGUCACGGCCCUCUGUCGCCAGGAGGGGGAGCAGGUGUGGGCCCUCAACAUUAAAAGGGCUCUACUGAGCAUGCUCCAGACCUCCCGUACGACCGCCAGACAGGAAAUGGAGACAGAUGUGUACGGGACGUGCAGCAGCAGAUAUGAGAGGCGAGGACCGGUGUUGUUAAAGACCAGGGAUCUAAAACAGUGCCAAGAGUCCAGACUGGCAAACUUCUGGCCUCAUUCAGUGGCUUUAACUGAAGAUACAUCAGUGCAGUCAGAACUACACUGUGUUCAGCGCCAUGGAUCUACAGUGAUGGAGGAGGUCAACUGCACUGAAGCUGUUUCCAUGGUAACAUGGUCCAGGCCUGCAGGGUCAGUGAAGACCCAAACAGUGUCUACGCUGCUCCUGCUCAGAGCCCAGCCAGGGAGUCCUUCUGCAACAGAUUCUUUAAGUCAUGGUGUGCUAACCAACCUGCAGUUUGAAGACGAAGGAGCUGCACGGCCAGGAAAACCCAAGUCAUCAACACUACAGCAAACCAGUCAGACCGUCAGGAUGUUAUGUAGCAUCACCUCAGACCCACAACUGGUCUCACAAGAGUUCCUUCAACUGGCUUUCCAACUGAGAGAUCUGACUCUCUCUCAACUCAAGACACUCUGGCAAGAAGCGUCUUUCAAGUGCCACGAUGACUGGCAGCCGUUGUUAGAUGCAUUACCAGCGUGUGGGUCUGAAAACUGCAUCGUUCUACUGACCGACCUAAUGAGGAACAAAGAGUUGGAGGAGGAGCAGGCUCACUCUUUCCUCACCACCAUAGCCCUCAUCCCUCAUCCAUCCCCACAGAUCAUCGACUCCAUCAAUGCCUUACUGGAGCUCCCAGAGGUGCGGUCCAAGGCCUUGUUGGCUGGAUCAUCUUUGGUCUAUCAGCUGUGCCGGAGGUCCCAAACCUCCUGCAGUGAGCUUCCUCCCGUACGGACCCUCAUGCAGACACUAGAGGAAACUCUGAGGGAAGGCUGCGAGGGAGAAGAACCCACUCAAGUUUUUUAUGUCCUGAAAUCAGUGGGAAACACUGGUCUGUCUGCUCCAGCCUUCACUCCUCUGCUAAAUCGCUGCGUGCUCGGCCACUCAGCAGCACUUGAGCUGAGACUUGCUGCCAUCCAAGCCUUCAGACGCUUUCCCUGCUCAGCGGAUAGGUCUGUGCUGUUGCAGCUGUACCGCUCCUCCCAGGAGGAUCCCGAGGUCAGAAUCGCUGCAUACCAGCAGCUCAUGCGCUGCCCCGACCACAACGUAUUCGAAGGGGUGAAGGCGACACUGAGGAACGAAACCUCCAGCCAAGUGGGCUCCUUCGUGUGGAGUCACCUGACAAAUGUCCUGAGGAGCGAGGACCCCAUGAAGCAGCCCCUGAUCGAGUCACUGCCCGACGACAUUAUCAGCAGAGACUUCGAAGCAGAAUUUUUAAAAUACUCCUCGUAUUCAGACCACACUUUUGCUUCAGGCCUGGGAAUCACAAAUUUAGAAACAUCUUUGAUUUUCUCUCCGAAGUCAUUUCUACCAAGAUCUGCCACCGCCAGCCUCACAGUGUAUUUCCACGGCAGAGCACACACCCUGAUGGAAGUGGACCUUCAUGUUGAAAAUGCUGAACCGCUCUUGAAGAACAUUUUUGGUCAAAACACUGAAGGAGAAUCAACCGCUCCCAAUCAAAAGCAUGAGAGGAGAAGGACAAGAAGAAAAACAAACGACCGCCACAGAGGAGAAAAAGAAAAGUGUUUGUCCAGCACCAACAGUUUGCUGAAGCAGGCCAGGGCCAUGGUGUUUGGGAGAAGGAAAACAGACAAGGAGAGGCCCAAGUGUUGGGCGGGUGUGAAGGUGUUUGGGAACGAGCUCAGCGUGUUCACAUGUGAAGAUCUGUACAACCAAAUCAACCAGCUCUCACUGAGCGUGGCAGGACUGGCUGUCAAACUGCUCAAGGGUCACGAGGUUCAGCUGAACCACAGGGCCGUGCUGAUGACAGAGGAGCUGCUUCUCCCGUCACUGAGUGGUCUGCCUGUCAAGCUGGGCAUCAACAUGACCUCCCUCAUUUCACUGCGUCUGAAGGGCAACGUCAACUACAGGGACAUUUCUCACUUUUCCUUGACUGGAUACAUCAAACCCAAUGCCUAUGUGGGACUGUCGGCCAGGAUGGGGGUUGACGGUGCCCUUGGUCAGGCUGCAGUGGACUGGUCCUCUGAGCUGAGGAGCUCCACCAGUCUGGACGGCAGCGUCCAGCUGCAGGAAGGGCGGGAUGUCAGGGUCACACUAAACACACCCGAGGACAUCAUGGACAUCAUCUCUCUCAGCUCCAGAGUGUUUCAGCUCAGUGGAGACCACAGAGAGGAGAUAAAGGGCCCAAAGACUCGAGUCCAGACGACCACCUGCACACCAAAGACUUGGUCCAAGAUGGUCGGUUGGCAGCUCUGCUCCAAUGCAUCUUAUCCACUACCUGCCGCAGGGAUCUCCCUCCCUCCUGCUGGACCCACCCACCUUUCCCUCAGGCUGCUGAAGCUGGACAGAGGGCUUCAUUACUACCUGCUGGAGGCUGCCUACUCACUGCUUCCUCAGAGAGGCACCUGGCUUCCCAGAGAGGCCUCCAUCCAUCUCCUCUUGGCCACUCCUCAGUCCUCCAUCCCCAGGGACAUGUCUCUGGACCUGGCCUACAACCCUCACAGACUGUUGCUGAGGAUCACCCAUCCUCUGAAAACCAUCCACAUUCAAGGGCAACUUGAACAAGAGAGGAAUAUAAAGUCAGGGAAGUUGGAGCUGAUCAUUGAUGGUGUUCAUUAUUAUAUUAUGGGUUUGGUCGACACUCAGACCCUCCUGUCAGAGCACAGGACGCGCUACCACCUUGAAGCCAAGAUGGCCGCUGAUGGACAACCCAUGAUCCUCUCUGCUAAUGUUACUCGUGGACUGGGCAGGAAGACCAGCUUCUCUGCUACUGUGAAGAAUGUGUUCAGAGAAACUGCAUCACUGUCAGUGGCCCUGGAGCGCAGGCGUGACAGCAGCAGCAGGCAGUACUCUGUGGAGGCGGAGCUCCUGUUACCCGGCGUGGUCGGCAGCAGGAUGCUGGGACUCAUGGAGCAGAAGGGCUCACUGUGGAGCUCCGCGCUCAGGCUCAAGUAUGGUCUGGGAGGUGAUGCCCGACACCUGCGUCAGGAGUGCUACGCGUCUCAGAGACUGAAGAGUGAGAGGGACUCGAACCUCACCUACGUCAUGAGAGCAGAUCAUGAGUUCUAUUGCUCCAACACUGCUCCUAUCAACCACAAGAUUCACCUCAGGCAUGAGGAAAGCCCCAGCCACAUUAAAUCAGUGCUGGACAUGAGCUAUGGCAAACACUGGGAUGAGAUUAACAACAAACGCACACUUCUUCUGAGCCAGUCCUUCAAAAACCAGUCCACACAAAACAACACCAGCUACACACUGGAGUUCAGUCUCCAGGUACCAGAGAAAAAUUUAAACUACAGGACUCAGCUUCUGCACUCUCACCUCAGGCAGUUUGGCUCUGAGAGCAGCACUCACUUAAAAAUCAUCUACAACAACCUGAUGCCACUGGUGGCUGGAUUUCACUGGAAAAGCCCCCCCAGAGAUGCUCUGCAGAAGAAAUGGGAGGGCACAUUUAACAUGGACACCCCGUGGCUGUACAUCUACACCGCCCACAAGCUGAGCCACCUCCAGCGCCACACACUCCAGCUCACGUCUGAGCUGACAGCCAGCAAGUGGCUGACCAUCCGUAACCUCAUCCUGGAGGGUUUCUACAGGGACAGGGGCAGAGAGAGGGAGGCACGUCUGGAGCUCUACACACCAGCUGUCACCUACCUCCAAGCAGGAGGGUGGGGCGUGGUGGUGAAGCGAGGUGUGAAGGCCUCCUGCUCAUUGAGCUCAUUGUGGACCCCUCCCCUGAGAGGAGAUGUCUCUCUGGAGGCCUCUAAAUACAGCCACACCCUGCAGAUGGCCUCCUCCUACGGCAAGCACAACGUCAGCCUCGCUGCUGCCCUGAACACUGUAGACAAGAAUCUGAAAAAGAGGCAAGCGACACUGAAGAUGACUUUCUCAAGGCCGAAGAGUCCGUCCACAGAGCUGGAGUUUGAGGGGACAGUGGAGGAGCUGAGGAAAGACAAGAUGAUGUAUCAGAAAACAGCGAUGCUUCAGCUCAGACAGCCCUUCCAGACCUUUCCUCAGACUCUCCUCCUCAGGGAAACUUUCACCAUUGACCUCCUCAAAGACCUCUACAUCCUGGAGUCUAAAGCUGGUUUCCAUGGCACCAGAGAGGUCAUCCACACCCUCACUCUGGGCUACCAACCACCCAGCCCUUUUGUUUGUUCUGCACUGGUCCAUCCUUUCCGCUCUGACACUAUUCCAUCCGACUCUGAAAUCUGUGUCACCAUAACCAACAACCAGACCCAGAAGGAUGUCCGAGGGAGGUUACGGGUCGGCAGCAAGGAGAGACUGACUUUCUUUGGACAAGUUCAGUUGAGUCCUUUGCAUUCAAGUCAACAAGUGAUAAAAGUUAGAGCCAACUUUACGCAGCAGCUCCAGCUGCAGCUCCCCUCCUCUGCUCUAAUGGAGGGAAAUGUAUGUUGGAGCCCCAAAAACAACACGGACUUUGAUUAUCAGGCCAGAGGGAAACUGAGAGUAGAGAGACAGGAGUGCCAACUUUCUGUACAGCUCAAUGGAACAUCAGACAGAGUAGGAUUGUAUUCAUCACUCAGUCAUCCCUUCAAAUCAAAGAUUCCCAAAACCCUUGAGGUAAAGGCCACUGCAGACAUUUCUGCAGUGGCCGGUAAAGGAAGUAGCUCGGUACAUGUGAGGGCUGAUGGGAAGGACAGGGUGAAGCUGGAUGCCCAGAUGGCCCACUCCCUCCAGAGGGAGCACAGAGCUGUGGGACUGAGGAUGAACAUUUCCCAAAGCGUGCUGCCUACGGCCACUGACCUGCAUGUAAACAUGACUGCCAACAUGUCCUCAGACAGUGUGUCUUUACAUGGUUCUUAUACACAGGGGAACGAGCUUCUGCUUGCCCAGGUUAAAGGAUCUCUAAAAAACACCCAAGGUCUCCAACUUGCUGUGUCAGGGGAUCUGAGGCACUCCAUGGCCAACCUUGCUUUUCUUCCUCCUGCCCUGGGGUUGGAUGGGGCGCUGGGACAGUCUGACACCCUCAUCGAAGGACAGCUGAGAGUUAGAGUAAUGGAGACCUUGUACAGUGUAGAGCUGAGACAUCAGGAGGACCCUGGAGAAGCUUUGGACAGUGAAGAUGAAGAGGGCCUGAUGGGAAAGAAGUCCUGUGACUGGCUGUGUGUUCGGUUGGGGGAGGAGAAUUUGUUUGUGAAUGUGAGUCGCCGACUAGGGAAUAAAGGGAGGGGGGAGAUCUACACCCAGCUCUCUCACUCUCUCCACCUGCUCAAUGCCACAGGUAUACCUGCUAACAGUAGUAUCCAGGUGAGGUGGGCCCAGGAUGGCAGUCGACUGUCACUUCUGGCAGAGCUGCAGGCUGGACCUGAAUAUCUGAAGGCUGAAUUUAAAGGUGGCAAGUCAGACCAUCGUAUCCCACGAUGGGAAUACUUCUCAGGGCUGCAGCAUCAAGUCAGAGCUCUGCUGAAAAGAGGUUUAUCAAGCUCCAUACAAGCCAAAGCACACUACCAGCUAGAAACAGAGGGACUAGAUACAGGUUUGGUCUUCCACGUGGAAGAUGAGAGACUGGCUGACAUCGUUUUCAACAUUGGAUCAAAAAACAGCACAGCUAUUUUGGUAGUGUCUCUAUGGCAACAGAUGAAACUGCUUCAAGGACUCAUACCCACCUCUUUACAGAUGAACUGCACAGGGGACGCCAUCGCAGACCGUCUCUCAGCCCAGUGCUAUGGAAAUGUGGCAGGUCGCCCUGUGGAGAUGCUCCUGCCACCACAGACCUCAGUCACCGUCUCCAUCACUCGUUCUGGCUGCUCCACAAAUCUCAGUGCCGUUCUCCAGACUGCGGAGGAACAGACAGGCAGUCUCACUCUCUACCUAACUUGUCUCCCCAGUCUUAGUCUGAAAGCAUCUGUCCAGCACUCUAUAGAGGCGAUACAGAUGCUGGGAGUUCCCUCCCACGGGGCAAUAAUUCUGAAUGUCUCAACGGCACAUCUGCCUGGUGUGGAGGUCGGCCUGGAGCUGGGACCAUGUUAUUUCAGGGGUAAAUGGGGGGAGGCCAAAGAAACAGAAGGGGACCGGUCUUUUUACGCUGUCAAUGUGACCAACUACUGUCCUGCUCUACAGGGAAUGGUCCUCCCAGUGUCCCUGGCUCUUCAGGGUCUCCUAUCAGUCUCCCCCUGCCAGCUGACAGUGACCUCCUCUCUGAGGGCAGACAACCAGGACCUCACCCUGGACCUGGCACAGUCCUGCAGGCCGCAGCAUAUCACUGGGACCCUCGCUCACUCCUUCCCUGGGCUGAGGAGUCGAGGUCUGCCACAGGUGAUCUCCAUAGAGGCUACUGCUCCUGGAGGCCCUGAGCAGAGUGGGGCUCUGUUCAUCAAAGCUGGGACGUGUCACAUUAGAGCCAACAGAGUCGUGGAGGCAGAAGGAAGAGCACAGUGGCUCUGGGCUCUGGAGUCAAAGUGCCCGAUGUUCCAGGCCCAUUUGAAUGGAUCGGUGUGGCAGGACGCUGAGGGUAUCUGGACAGCCACGGUGGACACUGAUUUGGAGGGCAAAAGGGGUUUCCUGAGGCUUAAUGCAAGGGCCUGGCCAGAGCUAAGUGUGGAGGGUGAGCUCAGUCACAGCAUUCCUGCUCUCAGGGGUUUACCUGAACGCAGCAGAGUGAGAGUAAGCAGCAGGGCUGGAAAACAGCGGUAUGACACAGAGGCCCUCCUCCAGAUGGACGAGUGUGCUGUGAGAGCCGGUGGAGCUGUGAUGUCACAGUCAGGCCUGCAGGGGUCAGUGGUGUACCACAACAACUGCACACUGAUUCAGGCGUGGGGUGGUCCGCACAGGGUGCAGGCUUCUGGGCUCUUGGUUGUCUCCCCAAAUGUUGCUGAAUCUAAGGUUUCCAUGGCGAUAGAUGAUACCGAGUUACAGGCUUCACUGGCUCUUAAGAAAAUGAAGGAUAAACAUGAAGCAUCACUUAAUCUAAACCACUCUGUGCCUGUGUUGAAGAAGCUGGGUCUCCCUGCAAAUGCCGCAGUUACAGUGAAUUCUGGGCGUCAUGGCAAUGGCUCGUACUUUUACAUAUUCAACAGCAGUGCAGGCAAUCAGAGGCUAACGCAAGAGGUGGCACUGUCCAAGACGUAUGAGACAGUAAGAGUGAAGGGUCAUUUCAGACACACAGUGAACUAUCUGAAGAAACUGGGAGUCCCUGGAAACAACAGCAUGCAGGUAGAGCUUGGUUCCUCUGAGGGGAAGGCAUUAAUCUUACACUCCCAGUUUGGAGGUCAGCAGGCAGGACUGAGGCUAAAGCUGAAAUCUUUCCCCAUGACCAAUGAGAUAAGUGGAAGCAUGUGGCACAGCUGGUCAUGGCUACAUGCGAGAGGACUACCGCUCAGUAUAGAGGGUCUAUGUUCCAUCCAGGGGGUCUUUUCUCAGCUUCAGUCCAGGGCUCAGCUCACUGUGGACGGAUACAAGCUGCUCGCCUCUGGUUUUAAUGUCAGUGUGGCUGAUGGACGUCUGGCCCUGCAGCUCUCCUACUCUCCACCAGCUUGUAAUAGAACAGGGGCACAAUUCAGCCUCGACACUGCAUUAACUGCUCAGUUCAAAGGUCCUCUGCGGAGUGCCUCAGUAGAUGUUCACUGUCAAGACUGGAGGGUCCGGGUGGUGGGGGACGUAGGAGGCUGGAGGGCACAUGGAGGGUCCAAGGAGGCCAGAGUUACACUUAAACAUACCGUACAGGGGCGAACGAGUCCUGCUUUACAGCUGGAAGCCUGGGGAAGACUCACCGAGUCACAGCUGAGGUGCUCCAUGGCUGUGAACCCUGAACUCAGCUCAUCACUUGCACUCAUCAUCCAGGGACACCAUCUGCCUCAUAGCAAGGACCUGAUGGUGAAGGUAGUCCAGAAUAUCCCCGAGAUGCUGGUCUACCUGCCUUCACACCUGAAUGUCCGCUCACAGCUGAAUCAGUCUCAGUCCAGUGUGUCGGGCUUGUUGGAGGUGUUGUCAGGCAGGAGGAGGCUGUGGGCUCUGGGGGAACUGGCAGCCAUCGAGAGCGGAUACAGACAGGCUCUGGAGCUCAAACACUCGUACCCACAGCUGAAGCCGCUCCCCAGGACAGUAGCAGUGAGGACAGUGUAUGAAGCCAGGAGCUGGAGCUACCAAGUUCAACAUGGAGCUGUGUGGGGCAAUCAGGAGUUCAGCCUGUCUGGUCUUUACUCUGCUCCUCCAGCACUGGAGAUGGGGAACCAGACCCUGAAGGUUGAGAUCAGCUGCGUUCCUCGCUGGACCGGUUUGGAGGUGACACUGGAGCGUUCCCUACAGGGCCGACUAGACAGUUUAUCACUGGGCUGGACGAGGCAUGGACGACUGGAGCAGGUCAGAGCUCUCAGCUCCUGGAGUCGGUCGGAGGAGAUGAACGAGACCAGGCUGGAGCUGAAACAGCCGUUCUCCUCCGCACUCAGCCGCCUGUCCCUUCACACACACAGCUCACACAGGGAACAACACAGCAGCCACCAGACCCAUCUGUCAUGGGACAGUACCGUCCCCGUCAAUGUCUCCCUCAGCCUGAACAAACAGUGGCAGACCAACUCCAGCAGGGGGCAGGCAUGUGCUCUGUUCUCCACACAGCAGAUGGCAGUGUCCUCUGUUAAAGGUUGUGUGUCAGUAGGUCAGGAGGGAAACUCAUAUUCACAAAAUGCAGAAUUGAGAUGGGACAACAGGAGCGUCAAGCAAGGCAUGAAGUACCAGAAGGGUCCGCGGGGAAUGCACAGCCUUCAGGUUAAUGUUGGGUUGGACAAAGUGUCUCCUGCACCCUGUCCCUCACACACAAUGCUGGUCAAAGUCCAAACCAACUUCAGGGAUAAUUUGGAGCACACGGUGCUGCUGGGCCUCUGCCCCCCCCAGCCCACUCUCUCGUGGUCAGGAUCCCACAGAGUGAACUCAGGAGAGGAGCUGUUUCACACACAGUCUCGCCUGUCUGUGACAGGACACCCGUUCCACUGCAGCCUCACCCUCGCCCUCACCAACUCCUCCACUGCUCAGGGAACCAACGUGUCUCUGUUCUCUGAGUCUCGGAUAGGGAACUGGAGCGUGGAAGUGGGGGGCAGUGCGCUGUCUUGGCCCCGGGGCUCUGGUCUCCAGGUGCAGGCCAGACUGGACCGCAGAGAAAGGAUGUGGCUGAACGGGACGAUAGAGGGACGAUGUCUUCAGACCACAGCAGGUUAUGCAAACGGUCCAGGCGUCUGUGAGGACCUCACUGUGGUGGCGUGUGUGGGAACAAAUCGCAGUUUGAUGCUGGAUGUGCAGAAAAGAGACAGCAGCAGCAUAUCUGCCACUUUGGCCAGCGUGUCUGUGGGAACGGCCAAUCAGAGGCUGACGCUGACAGCAAGUGGCUGUUUGGAGAGUCUAACUGCAGUUGAGACACGGAUUCUCUACCUGAGCUCUCGGAUACGGAAUAAACUGCUGCAGAGAAUCAAGACGUUACAGCAUCUCCUCACUGAAUUCAGACGACAGUCCAGAGACAGUGAGCUGCUCCAGGAGCUGAGCGCUGUGCCCCUUCAUGUUUCCCAGCAAGUCGAGGCUCUGCUGGGGCAAAGAGACAGAGGUCUGUUGGCUCCGUGGCAGAACAGCCCCCUCCGUCGCACCGUGACCGACAGCCUGCCGCGCCUCCUGAGUCUGCUGCAGCACGCCUCGCUGCUGGGACAACAGGAGCUGAGGCGGCCCCUGGCCACUCUGGCAGGUGUGUACCAGGACGUGAACGGCCAGAGGCUGGAGGCGCUGUGGAGGGAGGCGGUCUCGUUGUGGACUGGCAGGCUGGUGGAGGUCCUGCCUGCUCUGCUGGGGAACCCUCAGCUGAGACCGCUGGCUCAGGCCGGCGUCGCCACACUCAGCGUUGCCCUGGAUGUGGCAGGACAGCAUACCUACCACUGGGUAGAGACCAGGUUGGCCACGGUUCUGUCUGGACUCAGGAAACAACUGGCCUCUGUCUACAAAUUCUCCCCCAGCGAGUGCUCAGUGGCGGUGGCGGUGCCGCUGCCUCCGCUCCCCCGCUCGAAGGUGGCCGAGGCCGGACUGGUGGAGAUCCUCCUGGAGGAGUGGCUCCUGAGGCCCCUGCAGACCCUCGCCUCCAUCAGACCCACUGCUGAACUUUACCGCCUGAAGAGGAAGAUCAUGGACAGCCCGUUCAGACACCGAGCUCUGCUGGUUGCGGAUCAGUUUGUAGUGACGUUUGAUGGCCACCUGUACGAGCUUCCAGGCUCAUGUCCGCUGCUGCUCGCCCAGGACGUCAGCGCCGACCCUUCAUUCACGCUGCUGCUCGGUUCAGGCUUCCUCCUGAUGGAAAUGAAUGACAGCACCAUCAACAUUCAGCACAGUGGACAGGUGAAAGCCAACUGCAACGACGCUGUAACACACACAUUUCACAGUGACAGUGGAGUGGCUGUCAGAAGAGGGUCAAACAUUGUGCAGGUGUCCAAUCAGAAUGGAGUAUCAGUAUCAUGUGACCUGUCGAUUGAGGUGUGCAGCUUCACCCUGGAUGGAUGGUUACAUGGCACGUCCACUGGUCUGUUAGGGACUAACGACAAUGAAGCGGGGAACGAUUUUCCAUUGCCUGGUGGAUCUCAGGCUGAAAACCUGGACAGAUUUUUCUACAGCUGGCAGAUGAAACCGGAGUGUAUCAGGCUGCCAGCUACUGCAGCCACAAGCCCUGUGAGCUGUGACUAUCUGUUCUCUUCCCCUGAUUCUCCACUGAGUUCCUGUUUCAGGGUGGUGGAUCCUGCUCAGUUCUUGUCGGUGUGUGAGUUGAGCUCCUCCGGAGCCCCCUGCAGAUUAGCAUCGGCUUUUGUUCAUCUCUGCCAGCAGAAUUACAUAUCACUGGAGGUCCCCUACCAGUGCUUGAAAGUAUGAAGGAAGGACGAGCUUUUGAAAAGCAGAGAUGUGUGAUGUACGACCCUGUUAGCUGCUAAAACAGACACAUUUACACUCUCAUACCACUGGUUGUACUACAUUAAUUAUAUGCAUACAUUUUUUAUU